AAACCAAUGCGGGUUGGUUUCAGAGACGAACCAGGAUCAUUUUGUCUUCUUCACUGCACUGGUUUCAUCCAGCAGCCUCCGAGCUGCGGUAUAAACAAUGGCGGGUCCCGAGCAGUCCCAGCAGCAGCAGCAGGUAGAGGAGAAGGCAGAGCACAUAGAUGAUGCCGAGAUGGCAUUGCAAGGCAUCAACAUGCUGCUCAACAACGGAUUCAAGGAAAGCGACGAGCUCUUCAGGAGAUACAGGACUCAGAGCCCACUGAUGAGCUUUGGGGCCAGUUUCGUCAGCUUCCUGAAUGCCAUGAUGACAUUCGAGGAGGAGAAGAUGCAGACGGCCUGCGAUGACCUGAGGACCACUGAGAAGCUGUGUGAGAGCGACAGCGCUGGAGUGAUAGAGACAAUCAGAAACAAGAUUAAAAAGAGUAUGGACUCCCAGAGGUCCGGCGUUGUUGUCGUGGACCGACUGCAGAGACAGAUCAUUGUCGCUGACUGCCAAGUGUACCUCGCUGUGCUCUCCUUCGUGAAACAGGAACUCUCAGCAUAUAUCAAAGGAGGCUGGAUUCUUCGUAAGGCCUGGAAAAUGUACAAUAAGUGCCACAGCGACAUCAGCCAGCUCCAGGAGUCUUGUCAGCGGAGGUCCUCCGGCAACCAGGAGUCCCUGUCAGCGGACAAUGCCAACCACAAUGCUCCGGUGGAGAAUGCUGUGACAGCCGAUGCCCUGGACCGGCUCAAGGGCUCUGUCAGCUUCGGCUACGGCCUCUUCCACCUGUGCAUCUCCAUGGUGCCGCCUCACCUCCUCAAGAUUAUCAACCUGCUGGGUUUCCCCGGCGACCGUCUCCAGGGCUUGUCCUCCCUGAUGUACGCGAGUGAGAGUAAGGACAUGAAGGCACCACUAGCCACGUUGGCCCUCUUGUGGUACCACACAGUAGUGCUGCCUUUCUUUGCUCUGGACGGCUCUGACACACAUGCAGGGCUGCUGGAAGCCAAAGCUAUUCUGCAGAGAAAGUCGGUGGUUUACCCCAACUCGUCUCUCUUCAUGUUCUUUAAAGGACGAGUUCAGAGGCUAGAGUGCCAUAUCAACAGUGCUUUGGCCUGUUUCCAUGAUGCAUUAGAGCUUGCAUCAGACCAAAGAGAGAUCCAGCAUGUGUGUCUCUAUGAGAUUGGUUGGUGUAGCAUGAUAGAGAUGAACUUUGAGGACGCAUACAGGGCGUUUGAAAGGCUGAAGAAUGAGUCACGCUGGUCACAGUGCUACUACGCCUACUUGACCGGAGUGUGUCAGGGAGCCGCAGGAGACCUGGAUGGAGCGAGCGGUGUUUUCAAAGAUGUGCAGAAGCUGUUCAAGAGAAAAAACAAUCAGAUAGAGCAGUUUGCUGUCAAAAGGGCUGAGAGACUGAGGAAGAUCUCGCCCACCAGAGAGCUAUGCAUCCUCGGAGUAAUCGAAGUGCUUUAUCUGUGGAAAGCGCUGCCGAACUGCUCGUCAUCUAAACUGCACAUAAUGAAUCAGGUGUUACAGAGUUUAGAUGACGCUUCGUGCAGAGGCCUGAAACAUCUCCUUCUCGGUGCCAUUCAUAAAUGUCAUGGGAAUAUGAGAGAUGCUCUUCAGUCAUUCCAGCUGGCUGCUAGAGACGAGUACGGGCGACAAAUCAACUCAUAUGUUCAGCCGUAUGCUGUCUACGAGCUGGGAUGUGUUCUCCUCGGAAAACCAGAGACAGUGGGGAAGGGGAGAUCAUUGCUGCUUCAAGCAAAGGAGGAUUUUACAGGCUACGACUUUGAGAACCGGCUUCACGUUCGCAUCCAUUCAGCCCUGGCUUCUUUGAAGGAAGUGGUACCUCAGUGACUCCAGAGAAUAGAACUGCCGUGGCUCAAGCUUUGCACAAAGUUUUAAGCCAUUCACAGUAACCGUUUGACAUCUGAGUGAACAGACUCCUGUGUUUUUCAUUCUUAAAGGAUUCAGAGAAAUACACGUUUGUCACUUACCCAGUCAGACUGAUGAUAAUCUCUGUGCAUUCUGUGCAGCAGUGGACAUAUGUCCAUACUGGCUCAGCACACAAGUGGAAACAGCUGGUGUGGGUGCAGCCAGCGGUAUAGAAACUAUGCUUAAAAUCUCCAAAGUUAUCUUACUGGUACAGACGUGUCUUGUUACACAGCAAGCUUGUCACCAGUAUUCAUUCAUGCUUGAGUAUACGGCAAGUAAUUUCCACAUUUAAUAUGUAUUGCAAAUGUCUGUAACUCAAUUCUUCCUUGUCUAAAAGAACAUUUUAGACAUCCGCAUAUCAUUUCUCCAGCACAAAUUACAUCUCUAUUGCAAUUCAUGUGUAAGGGAUUUUUCACUACAUAUCUACAGUUCAUCUACAGAUAUCUACACUGUAAAUUGCAAAUAGUUGCAGCUGAACUGUCACUAAAUUAUGACUAGUUUCAGUUAUCUAAAGUUUAAUUCUGACUAGUCAUAAUUCGACUUCAACAUAUCUUUAAUUCUUCUCAAGUCAAGAUUUUUACAUUGUCCUUUUAAGACACUGUGUCUUAAAAUAAGUUUAACUUUUCAGAAUGACAUUGUAGAAAUUUCAGAAUGUAAUUACAGAUAUUUUGAAUGUGAGUUUUGACUAAAUGAUGUUGCAGAUUUCUGUAGUUAUGUCAGAAAGUACGGCACGUAGGAAGUGAUGAAGGUGCCACGGCAUAUGGCAAAACGUUUUACCGCCACAUCAGAGCAGCUUGAGGCCAAAGUUCUGGUAAAUUUCAACCACAAGCCUCUAAUGAUCUCCACAAACUCUUUGCUGAUGAGCUCUUCCUAUAGAAGGCAUUUUGUAAUGAUUUUAUUCUCCACAUCAGAUGCCAUUACUUCUGUUAACACUGUUAAAGUGCUUUGAUGAACCAAAACCCAAUGGGAAGCCUCACAUGAGCAGCAUCAUGCACACAAACUAGUCCAAAUGACAUUUGAGACAUUGACAACUAUUAUUUUGAUUUGUCCAAACUGAAUUAAUAAUCGCCAUUGUGACGAGUCAGAAUAAUCUUUAAAAUAUAGAUUUAUCUGAAAUAAAAAUUCUGUCUAGUCACAGAGUAGCUACAAUUAGUCAAAAUGACUUUGCUGAUAUCUGUCAUUUUAUUUCUGGAAAGUCAGACUCAGCUAUUAAAUGUUCAAGCUGCUUGCUGUAUGAGUACAAGGUGCAAAGCUGGCAACCCCACUGAUGCUACAGAGCUGUUGAGGCACUGCCACCCAGCAGUCAUUGGUCAAGAACAGCAAAACCACAAGGUAGAAUUGUUGCAUUUCAUUUGGCAUUAUAGUGUAGAAUUCAUAACAACCAGCACACUAUAUAAAUAAGACAAUUUAGUAGGGGUGUUUUAUUUAAGUUUCACAGAGCUAUGCUGGCUGUUUCUUCCUGCUCUCUGUUUUUGUGCAAAGCUAAGCCUGUUUCUGGACUUAAUGCACAGAGAUGAAACUGAUAUGAAUCUCUAACUGUUCCUUUCAGUGUUUUCCUCACCCAUAUGUGUUCGCUAGCUUGUAACAACUUUCCUCAUUGUAUUUGGAGGAUUUUUAAUUCUGCCUCUCCCUUUAGUGAGAAAUUCAGCACCUAAAAGUAACGAGAUCCUUCAAUAGUAGCUUUACAUAAAUAAAAUACAGGUAAUAGUGUUUUUCACACUCAUUUGAGCCAUUUGAGCACCUCGCUCCAGUAAUAUCAUAGAGUAAAUUGAUGCCAGUUCUUUACCACACCACAUAUAAAAAAGAAAGAGUAACAUUUAAUAUUUGGUUUUUAUAUAUUCUUAAAGGUGACUCUCUGUGUUGCUUUUUGUGAUU